AAUGAAUGAAACACUAUCACUUGUAUCUCCACAUUGACACUACUAUUUCCUAUUCAGUAGACAGACUAAAGUCGAUAAAUGGACUCCUAAAAGCGAACUUGAUAAAGACAAACAAACAGAUCAUAGUUAUUAGAUAUUAUAGGAAAACACAAUUGACUGACUUUUUUCUACGGAGCAACAGCUAUAGAAGUAAAUUGCUCGGAGUUAAGAAAUUGAUUCAAUCCCUUUGGAGGUAUGAUACGAAAUAAAAGAUGGAUCCAACGUUUUAAAGAUGUAUACCAAAUUUAAUUCAUCCAGUUAUAAAUGUUUGUUCUUAACAAAAACAAUUUUUGUCGUCGUUUUAAUAACCCAAGUGCAAUCAAGACAGAAUAGAUACAUUCUUCCAGUUCUACCGGAAACGCAUUACACAUUAAAUGACGUCAUUAUUUUGCCCGAAAACACUGACAUUGUUGAGAUAACAAUAAAAAAUCUGAAUAAAUCAACAGAACUUACUACGUGGAAUCUGACAGUUGAACAUGAUUUUCGUCUGGGACAUGUUUUGGGUCUUCAGAAUGUAUCCGUAGAAUCAGGAUUGCAAUUAAUCACCUCAUGCAAGACAACUGUACUUAUAGACCUACCUGGUGGUCUACUUCAACUGCCACAACUUGCCGACACUGGACUCUUACAUUACAUAUUUACUUUACCAGAAAAUAGCAAAAAAAUAUUUGAUAAACCACUUGUUGUUCAAUCCGAAGUUCCAGAUACUUUGAUCAGAUUAUGUGUUAUCACGGACAACAAAAACAAUGAAACGUCUGAUAACUUUGAACCAAAUUUAGAAGAAAGGAAUAAUACAGACAAAUGCUCAAAUCUGACAACAUCAGCCAUUGGUAGAUACCUUUUAAAUGUUACAUCAGAAUUCUACGGAAUAAAUAAUUUAUCAGGGUUCAUGGGAGUAGUAAUCACAUCUAUAUAUCCUAUUAUCAUUCUACUUGGACAUGAUAAACAACUGCCAGGCAGAAAUAAACACGAAAACAACACCGUAAAUUUACAACACUCACAAAUUAGUUGGAAUGUUAUUCCAGCGUUAUCAAACAAGAGUUCAACCUAUGUUGUUAUUCCAAGUAUACAAACACGUCACUAUACCUUUUACGUAGCGUGUUCUGUUGACGGCCGGGUAGAUUUUCAAACUGAUGCUGAAUUGAAAACAAUAAAUGUGACUGCAAAUGAACCAAUCAAUGCCAGUUUUACUAUUUCACCUGAUGCAAUAUUGACUGUCACAAUGGAACAUGGUUUUUCAUUGGAUUGUGUUAAAUUGGAUCACUCAACAUGUAAUGAUGAACUAUUACCUGUAAAUAAUGGUAGCAUGUUUUAUAAUAACAGUGAUAACAAUCAUAGUAACAUAUUAGAUAUUGGAAAGAAACAUGCACUAUACAGGUGGAUUUAUAUGUCAAAUGAUUCUAAUUUAUUUAUGCUUAUUCCAAGUGAUACAGACUUUAAAGUGACGUCUUUAAAUGGAAAUAUUUCUUCCGUAAGUGAAGUCCAUUUUGACAUAAGAUAUGCCUCUCUUAAGUUGAUAUCUCUCGUACAUUCUUCAGUAGGUUUAUAUAAAAUAUCAUCAAACAGCACAGUCGAUACUUGUUUGCUACAUUAUUUGUCAAAAAAGGAAGAUACUUACUCUAAUGAUAACUUUAGUCAAAAUACAACAAAUAGACUUGGAACAACAAUUUCUUCUACAUUAUCAAAUAAACGUACUGGCAUUAUCGCAAAUAUUGAACCAUUUUCAAGUAAUAUGUCCUCAACAAAUUUGCCAAAUAAUUAUUCUGUUGACAAAGCUGAACAAACUACGCCACCCUUUAGUUUGAUAGAACAGACAACGAUAGUAAAAAGUGCCUCAUUUCUGCCCUUAGAAGACGAUAUUGAUGCAACGUCUUUAGAAAUUUCUACAGCUCCCGGCACAGGUAAUUCACAUACCUCUUAUCAGGAUACACAAGUAACACAAACUGCUAGUGGCCUACCUGAAAGAGAUAGACAGGACAAUGUAAUAACAAAUAAGAGUGAAUCAAGCAAAACAUUUAAAGCUGUGGUUGACAUUUUCCACUCAAAAGAAGGCAGGAAAGAUAUUCUUAUCGACAAUUCUAAAACGCAGGAAGAUCCAAAGUAUACGUAUAAAUAUAACGUGAAUAACAAUAUUGGACAAGUGGGUGAUGGUAAAAAUCCCGUUGCUAUUAUUGCCAGCUUGGUGUCAGCUAUUUUAGCUGUCGGUGCUAUAAUCCUGAUAUUUUUGCUCAAAGACUUUUUCUCCCGGAGACAACAUAUUCGGAAGACACGGAUAAGACCGUUUAUAUCUUAUUAUUGAUGCAACUUUUCUAAAGCUGGUUUUAUUGUCAUGAAAAUAUAUAACUAAAUUACUUUACUCAGUAGGAUAUUCAAUUGUUAAAUUAUUUGAUUUAAAGGGGAUUCCAUUAAGUUUUUAUUUAAUUGACGUGACUGGAAACAUUUUUUCGAGGUAAAUGCUCAAUUUGAUGUAGUCUAGACCAAUAACUUGUUUGUCAAAUUUCAGGUCAUUCAUUUCAUGCAACGCUUUUUCUGAAAUCGGGCUAAAAUAGCACAAAAAUACGAUUUUUCAAUUUAUAUCUAAGUAUAUUUCUUAAUUUAUAUCAUAAUUUCUUGUUCAUAUACUUCAAUUGUAAGUGACCCAGUUGAUCUUUGUAAGAAAUUCAAAUAUUAUAUUUUUAGGCUUUCAGACCUAAGUGCAGUUCCUUUAAUGAUUAAAUAAAUUAAUGAAACCCAUAUAUUUAUCUUUUAUAUUAUGUUAAAAUAUUUCGAAAAUUUACUUAUACAUAUUUUUUAUAAAGUAUUGAAUAAAUUAACAAUAUUAUUAUAAUCAUUAUGUUGACGCUAUGCAAAGUUCUGAUUAAAACACGAUCUUUUAAAAACAGUGUCUUUAUAAAGAAAAGUAAAAAUCAUUUAUUUACUGAUAAAUAGAUAAAUUGUUUUGAACCAUAACGUAAGUCAACUUUAUUUUAGUUUACUUAAGUAAACUAAGUACGUGAUCAAACUCGUUUAAAAAUGUUUAGUAACUAGAAUAUAAAGAUUAAUUAAUCGAUGAUACAAUGACAUGAUGUAUUGACAUUUUAUUGGUCAAGUUUAUCAGAAUGUUUGGGUUCAUUGACAGUCCUUGUUUUUUACUUUAAUUAUUUUCAUUUUAGUAAGAUGCAAUAAACAUUGUAAUCGCAUUCUUUAUUGUUCUUUUACUCAUUUACUUACAUUACUAUGUAUAUAACGAAGAUGUUAUUUAUGUUACUAUAUUACAGAAU